AUGUCACGCCAUAAACUCUUGAAGGGAUCUGUUUCAUUGAUCCUGGCAAGUGGCGAUGAUAAAAUAGACUGUUGUGCCAUAGUACAAGCAGUGAGUACAAUUCUCGGCUCAUCUGACACAACUGAGUCCAUCGGCAAUUUAGGCUCCAUAAGAGAAUGGUUUAUCGGAUUUGGUGAACCAUUGUCACAACAGAGGUUGUUACAGAAAGGAGAGUUGAAAGUCGGUACGCAGAGAUUUUCAAUUCAGUUAGCGUAUCAAGAACCAAAAAUCAUCCGGUUGAUGGGAGUACCCACAUCGAUCAGUGAUGAUGAAAUAAGUCAGAUCGUGAGCCGAUGGGGAGGUACGAUUGUUAGCGUUGAAUGUGAAAACCUUCCUGCCCCAUACAAAUCCAUAAAAACGUUUGUUAGACGUGUGCGCAUGCGUUUUUCAUCGAAAAAGGAAGAAGAAAUGGUACCUAUAUCCUUUAAGCUGUAUGGUUUAACUGUUCCAGUGCAUCUUGAAGGACGAGAAAGAGUCUGUUUCCGCUGUAAACAGUCCGCUCAUAUAAAACGUGAUUGUAUAACAGAAAAACGUCAAGUAUGCUAUAACUUGGGACAUAAUGAUCCUCACUGUCAAGUGAAGCGAACAUAUGCUUCUGCACUAGCACACCAAACGCCGGAUACACAUGUUCAUAUACUGACACCAACUCCAAAGGUUUCGGUAACUAGAGGAGUGAUUACUUCGUGUAAUAAAAUCGGAAAAGAUUUAUUAUUGGUAUAA